GGGGGAAGAGAUUUCUUUGCGACGGAUUUGUAGGCAUCUGGGGAGGAGCAGAACCAGAUACUUUCUUCAUCAGGGCGAUUUUCACGCCUGAGCUUAAGGCGCUCCAGAGGCACAUGAACCCAGAUCUCAUUGCUUAGGGCGGCCCCCUUUGAAAUGGCAAAAUGCAGGACAGGGAGGGGCGGUUGGGGGUGAUGGAUUUUCUCACCUGGUGCUGAAGCAACUUCAGAGCAACCCGUUGCAAUCUGUUGCAGCCUCUGCAAUUUGUCUCUCACACACUCAUGAAUGUGUAAAUCUGUCUGUGCUUGGCCACCCAGCGCUUAUUUUUAUUACGUAUUUUGUUGUUUUAUAUCUUGAUUUUAUUCUGUGAUCCGGCCUGAGACCCCUGGGUAGAGGGCAGUAUAUAAAUUCAAUUAAUAAUAAUAAAUUUGGAGAGAAUCCCUAACUCGUCAGGCAGGCAGAAGACCUGAAAUUCAGGACAAAAUAAUAAUAGUAAUAAUUCUAUUAUUUAUACCCCGCCCAUCUGGCUGGGUUUCCCCGGCCACUCUGGGAAGCUCCCAACAGAAUACUAAAAACAAUAUAAAAUAUCAAACAUUAAAAAACUUCCCUACAACUGUAUCUGUACAUUUUACGUAGCAUUUCACAUUGAAAUACAGGACAAUCCUGCAAUAAACAGGGCAGGUGGCAACCCUGCUAGCACUUUCCCAGCUUUCAGAAACCAUGUUGGAGGAUACAGGAAAAAGCCCACAAGCUGCCGAGGCUGAGAGCAGUGGGAAAUUCUGGGAAGGCAGUGUGAAGAAGACCCUGGGUCAGGAAAGCAACAUCCUCUGUUCAGAUGCUCUAAGCCAGCGCUUCAGGCAUUUCUGCUACCAAGAGGCUGAAGGACCCAGAGAGGUUUGCAGCCAACUCCACCAUCUCUGCCAUCAGUGGCUGAAGCCGGAGCAAUACACAAAAGCUCAGAUCUUGGACCUGGUGAUCCUGGAGCAAUUCCUGGCUGUCCUUCCCCCGGAGAUGGAGAGCUGGGUCAGGGAAUGUGGAGCGGAGACCAGUUCCCAAGCAGUGGCCCUGGCAGAAGGUUUCCUCCUGAGCCAGGCAGAGGAGAAGAAGCAGGAAGAGCAGCAGUUUUACAAGCAUGGAGCAGACGCUGAUCUCCCUGAGGCAGAGGAGAUGCCAUGGAUGCUGGAAAAACUUUCUCUUUCUUGUGGUGGGGUGGAAGCCGCCUCAGUAAAACUGUAUCAGGACCUGGUGACCUUUGAGGACGUGGCUGUGUAUUUCAAUGAGGAGGAGCUGGCAGUGCUGGAUCCGCACCAGAGAGACCUGCACAGGGAAGUCAUGGAGGAGAACUUUUGGAACGUGUCCUCUCUGUCAUGUGAUAGAUUCACCUGGAAGAGUGAGACUGAGCAAGAGCCAUGUGGCGGUUCACUGAAAAGAGACAGAAGCAGAGAGAGGAAAGAGUGGAGGCGGAAAUCGGUAGCAAAACAGAAGGAAAGGAAAAGUUCCGUGGUUUAUCAACCCUGUGACUUCCAGGAAAUCCCAACCCAAAACAAAACGGCGGAAGGAAAAGAAAGGAAUAGGCAUCCCACGUGCAAGAAGACCUUCGGUUUGAAACCAAGUUUUAAUGUUCAACAGAGAACGCAAACACUGGAGAAACCACCUCAAUGCUCCGAGUACGGAAAGGGCUUAAGCCACCGUUCAGAACUCAAGACCCGUAAGGGAGUCCUCCUAGAGGAGAAAGCGUUUCACUGCUUGGAGUGUGGGAAGAAUUUCAGUGGGCAUUCGAGCCUCAGGACCCACCAGAGAAUCCACAUAGGGGAGAAGCCAUUUAAGUGCUCCGAGUGCGGAAGGAGCUUCACUCAGAAAAUCAACCUCCAUUCCCAUCAGAAAAUCCACACGGGAGAAAAGCCAUUCCAAUGCUCCGAGUGUGGAAAGAGCUUCAUCAAGAACACAGACCUCACACGGCACCAAAGGAUCCACACCGGGGAGAAACCUUACGCCUGCUCAGAGUGCGGCUUGAAUUUCCGCCACAAGUGGAACCUUAGGAACCACCAGAGGCUGCACACGGGGGAGCAGCCCUUUAAAUGCGCCGAGUGCGGGAAGAACUACGUCAACAGCACGAACCUCGUUUCACACCAGAGAAGCCACACGGGGGAGAAGCCAUUUCAGUGCUUGGAGUGCGGGAACUGCUUCCGGAGGAACGGGGACCUCGCUCGGCACCAGAGGGUCCACACAGGGGAGAAGCCCUACAAGUGCUUCAUAUGUGGGAAAAGGUUCAGUCAGAACUCGAGCCUCCACGCCCACGAGAGGAGCCACAUGGGAGUAACGGUACGGAUGCUUGAGGUGUGGAAAGAGCUUUGGCCGGAGCAGGCCUAACACCACAUCGGAGAAUCCGCACGGGAAUUUCAUGUAGAAGUGUUGGAAGCAAGAACGCAAGGAAAGCCUGGCUGCUGGAUCAGGCCAGGAUCGGCAUCCUGUUUUCAAAGGGGCCAGCCAGAUGCUUGUGGGGAAACCGGCAAGCAGGAACCGAGUACAAGAGCAUUCUCCCCUCCUGCAGUUUCCAGAAAUUGGCAUUUGGCAGCGUUGCUGCCUUCAGCUGUGAAGGCAGUGCCCAGCUUCCAUCAUUGCCAGUAGCCAUUGAAAGAUUUGUCCUCCAUAGAAGGGCACCAGGUAUAGUACGAAAGCCCUCAAUUGAGUAAACUAGACAUAUGACCCAGAAGCUGUAUGCCGGCUCCCUCAGCCAAGAAAGCGAGAUGAGCACCGCAACCCCAGAGUCAUCCGCGACUGGACCUAACGGUCAGGGGUACCUUUACCUAGGGGACACGGGUGGCGCAGUGGGUUAAACCACAGAGCCCAGGGCUUGCCAAUCAUGAAGGUUGGCGGUUCGAAUCCCUGUGACGGGGUGAGCUCCCGUUGUUCGAUCCCUGCUCCUGCCCACCUAGCAGUUCGAAAGCACGAAGUGCAAGUAGAUAAAUAGGUACCGCUCCGGCGGGAAGGUAAAUGGCAUUUCCGUGUGCUGUUCUGGUUUGCCAGAAGCGGCUUAGGCAUGCUGGCCACAUGACCUGGAAAAGCUAUCUUUGUACAAACACUGGCUCCCUCGGCCUGAAAGUGGAGAUGAGUGCCACACCCCAUAGUCAAAUUCGACUGGACUUAACCGUCCAAGGGUCCUUCACCUACUUUAUCUUUACCUCUGUUGUUGUUGUUUAGUCAUUUAGUCGUGUCCGACUCUUCGUGACCCCAUGGACCAUAGCACGCCAGGCACUCCUGUCUUGCACUGCCUCCCGCAGUUUGGUCAAACUCAUGUUCGUAGCUUCGAGAACACUGUCCAACCAUCUCGUCCUCUGUCAUCCACUUCUCCUAGUGCCCUCAAUCUUUCCCAACAUCAGGGUCUUUUUCCAAGGAUUCUUCUCUUCUCAUGAGGUGGCCAAAGUAUUGGAGCCUCAGCUUCACGAUCUGUCCUUCCAGUGAGCACUCAGGGCUGAUUUCCUUCAGAAUGGAUAGGUUUGAUCUUCUUGCAGUCCAUGGGACUCGCAAGAGUCUCCUCCAGCACCAUAAUUCAAAAGCAUCAAUUCUUCGGCGAUCAGCCUUCUUUAUGGUCCAGCUCUCACUUCCAUACAUCACUACUGGGAAAAUCAUAGCUUUAACUAUACGGACCUUUGUCGGCAAGGUGAUGUCUCUGCUUUUUAAGAUGCUUUCUUAAAAAGGUAAAGGUACCCCUGACCGUUAGGUCCAGUCGCAGACGACUCUGGGGUUGCAGCGCUCUUCUCACUUUAUUGGCCAAGGGAGCCAGUGUUUGUAGAAAGAUAGCUUUUCCAGGUCAUGUGGCCAGCGUGCCUAAACCGCUUCUGGUGCAACGGGACACUGUGACGGAAGCCAGAGUACACAAAAUGCCAUUUAUCUUCCUACCGCAGUGGUACCUAUAUCUACUUGCACUGGUAUGCUUUCAGACUGCUUGGUUGACAGAAGCUGGGACAGAGCAACGGGAACUCACCCGAUUGUGGGGAUUUGAACCGCCGACCUUCUGAUUGGUAAACCCAAGAUGCUCAGUGGUUUAGACCAUAGCGCCACCCACAUCCCAAAUAGACUAGGAGUAGACAUUCUUUGACUAAAGAAGCCCCUAACGGCUAGAAAGGAAUCAAAAUUCCAGAGGGUUGUAUUCAUAAAAUCGUAAGAUGAGCCUGCUGACUCAGGCCAUUGUCCCCACUAGUCAGGACCCGAGCACAAGAGGACUCUCCUCCCUUGUGGUUUCCAGCAACUGGCAUUCAGAAGCAUUUCUGCCUCUGCAGAAGCAGAGCACGGCCAUGAUGGCUAGUAGCCAUUCAGAGCCUGGUUCACCCUGAAUUUGCCCAAUCCUCUUUUGAAGCCACCCAAGCUAGGGCCAUCCCUGCCUCCUGAGGCAGGGAGUUCCAUAGCUUAACAAUGGGCUGUGUAGUUAAUGAAGAUUACUAAUUUGGGUUCAAUAACCUCUGUGGGUCUACUCUGAAGAGCACUUGGUUGAAUACAACCCAGGAUAUUUGGGGAUCCUAUGACGGUGCUGGCAAGUAAUGUCACAUUAGCCUCUGCCAGCCUGGUGCUUUCCAGGUUUCUUGGACUACAAAACCCAUCAUCCUUGACCACUAGUUGUGCCGAUGGCAACUAUACCACAAAACCCAUGUUUUGCACCAGGUUGAUGAAGGCUCCUUUACAGACAGUAGUUACACAGCCUUUCAGUUUUGUUUAAAUGCUCUAAUCUUCUAAGUCACCAUUUGUUACAAUAAACCAUUGAUUUUAUUAAACCCUUGGCUUCUUCUGGCGUGUGUGUGUGUGCUUCUUCUGGUUUCCUUUAAAUUCAAGUUUAAAGCUAUUGUGGAUAUAAGCGGCCUUUAAGCACCUGUUGGAAAGGAAAGCAGAAGUGAGGGUUAGGGAAAAAAAUGAAAUGAAAUGGAAAAGAAAGAAAUGUCCACUUUGGAUUUCUGUUAAAAACUCAAGGCAGUUCACAUACAAAAACAAUGCAAACAUAAAGAAUAAAUAAAACUUAGGCUCCAUCUGCACAACAACAAUUUAUUAUUUGUACACAGCGUUUUAGAUAUUUGAAGAUGGCUAUCAUAUCUCCUCUGUCUCCUCCAAGGUAAACAUACCCAGCUCCUUCAACCGUUCCUCAUAUGGCUUGGUUCCCAGAGAAGUUGGGGGUGAUGGGAGUUGUAGUCCAGUAACAUCUGGGGACCUCCAGUGGCUCAGGAGCAGCAGAGCUGCUACUCUUCUUUACAAUGGAAGCAGGAAGUUGGCAAUGUCAGGGCUUUGUGGCGUGAGACCUCAAUACCUCAAUGACCACCCCUCUUUAUGAAUUGACCCAAACCCUGAGACCAUCCUCUGAGGCCUUUCUUCAUGCGCCUCCUCCAUGAGACACCCAGAGGGUGGCAACACAAGAACAGGCCUUUUCUGUGGUUGGUGGCUCCCUAAUGAUAAUAAUAAUAUAUAAAAAAAGCGGGGC